AGCUUUGUAAUUUUGUUGGACCACCACAAACAAUUAAAACUGUGAUUUGGGUUCGUUCCUGAAUUUGGCUUUGGCGUUUCCCUGGGCAGUUGGGAAUGGUUUAGUGUUGCCCUGGCUUAAAUAAUAAUAAAAACAAUAAAGGAGAUAGGUGGCUUCCCUUGAUAGUAUCGAAAGAAAAUGAGUUCCACCCACAAAACCUCCCCACAAAAUCUUCUCGAGCUUCCCAGAUUUCCCUCCUGGUUGCUUCGAUCUCAUCGUUCCCUUCUGCAUUCUCCUUCUCUCUAAAUCUAUAAACCCCUCUUCUUCUCCCCUCCCAAAACCCAAAGCGCUUGAUUCGUAUCGGUGAACCAGGCCCAGAAUCAAUACGAGUUAUCGCUGGAUUUGAGCUUUUCUUCCUUUUUUACCGCAUAUCUACAUAUAAUUUUUUUGUUUUUGCUUUUUGGGUCGGCGUAAAAUGGCCUCAUUCACCAUUCCUUGCCCCAAAUCCUCCUCGCUGUCUGGCCGUGGAUUGGCUUCACAUCACCGCCGCCAGCAGCCGAGGCAGUCUAAGAUCUCGUACAAUCUUGCCCUCAUUUCGAGACCAUCGGCAUUAGUGGCCGGAUCUUCCCCCGACGACUCGGCAGCUUUUGGGUUUCGGCAGCCCAAUCAAAAGGGGUCUGCUGUUUGGAAGGUGCAUGCACUGCCUGCUGAGGUUGUUGCGGAGAAAUCUUCGAAUUCUGCUCCAUUGCUUGAUACGGUGGCAUCAUCCCAGGGAAAAGGAGAGUCUGCUGAAAAGACAUCUGUUCAAAAUUCAAUUCCAGAUCCAACAUCAAUCACUGAAUUUAUGGCCCAAGUGUCAGAUCUCGUCAAACUUGUGGAUUCAAGAGAUAUAAUGGAGCUGCAGCUGAAGCAACGGGACUGUGAGCUCAUCAUUAGAAAGAAAGAAGCCUUGCCACAGCCAGUGCCGGCAGCCUCUGCCAUCAUUAUGCAACCCCCCAUGGCCCACCCUGUGUUUCCAUCUCAACCACAACCAACACAGGCUACUGCUCCUGCCCCUGCAAGUCCAGCGUCCUCAGCUCCGCCACCAGCCUUGCCCGCUCCUGCAAAAGCAAGCAAAUCAUCUCAUCCACCACUGAAAUGUCCCAUGGCUGGAACUUUUUAUAGGUCUCCAGCACCCGGUGAGCCCCCAUUUGUGAAGGUUGGAGAUAAGGUGCAGAAAGGGCAGAUUCUUUGUAUCGUCGAAGCCAUGAAACUGAUGAAUGAAAUUGAGGCUGACCAAUCUGGAACUAUAGCCGAGAUAUUGUUGGAUGACGGGAAACCCGUUAGUGUAGACACACCUCUUUUCGUAAUUAUACCUUGAAUCUAUUUGGAGGUCGUAGGUGGGCAGUGAUGAAAGCUUUUGGAAGUCUUUAGUUUCAGUAUCAUGGUCGCGGUCCUCUUUUUCUUUUAUAUAAUUUUAUUUGGCAAAGCUUCCUUCUUUUUAACAUUUAUUAUAAUUAAAUUCCAGAUUCUAAA